AGUGAGCCAGACACACGUUGGAAAGUUUGAAACCAUCAACGAGUAAUAUAUUAUUAUUAAGCGCAAACGACGAAACGAAUUCACAACAAACAGAAGAGGACGCGCGUCGUAUUUGAACGCGGGAACGAUAUAUAAUCAUAUAUUAUUUUAAAUUUUCGUUUUUCAUUAAACUUUGUAUUGUGUAUAGUUUUGAGUUUAUGAAGAUUGUGUGAAUUUGUUUUGAAUUUUGAAAGUUUGAUUGAGUUUGAGAACUGUGUCUGGGAAUUAUUUAAAUGUUGGCCAUAAAUAUUUUAAAGAAUUUUCGGACUUUUAAAUUUAUUAGAGAUUUCAACGAUAGUAGUGCUGUUUAAAUAAUUAAAAUAUAAGUGUAUGUUUUUGAGUUUUGUAAAUAGUCUGUAUGGGGAUUAAUACUAUUUCGAAGGUGAUGCCUAUGGGCUUCCCAUUCACGGCCACAAGAUUUUUUACGGUUUCAUCAUAUUAUUGUAUAUUCACAUUAAUUAUAUUACAACAAAUCAGUGCAUUACGAUGUCCACCCGGUAUCCAGUAUUGGAAUAGUGAAUUAGACACAUGUUUAAAUUGUACAAAAUGUAGUGAAUUAGCGCCAAAAGGUUAUUUGGUUGUACUGCGUCCAUGCCAGGUACAUCGCGAUACACAGUGUGGACCAAUAUCAAAACUAAGAACAAUCUUUAAUUCUGAAUCUUCGGCUGCAUCACACUCAUUAUCAUCGGACACAGUACAUCGACGCCAUCAUAAUCAUCGAUUUACGGUCGAUGAUGAGAAUGAUUCGAAAUCAACAACACAACACGAUGCUGAGGCUGCAGUGCAACCGCAUCGACGACAUCGUUUAAGUAAACAUCAUCGAUAUCGUCAACAUCAUAAUAAACAUGGCGAUGAAAAUUGGCGACAUGCCAAUAACAAUACACGACAUCAUACUGAAUUGGAUCGCGAACAAAAUAGCAUUGUGACAGUAUCAUCUUCAACAAGUAGUUAUCCUAGUGAUAUGAAUGAAAGUGUUGAAAGUAAUAGUGUGCGUGGUAGUGAUCUACUUACUGUGAAUCAUCAAAAAUUGAUUUGGACACAACAAGUUGAUCAAACACCGUUUUCGAAUGUGGAAACAUUAGUUUGGGACUGGCAAGCGAUUGUAUUAGCUAUGGCCGUAUGUGCAUGUAUAUUAUUUUUUGUUGUGGCCGCUGUGUAUUCAGUACAUCAUGCAAGGCAAUGGAAACGACUGAAAGAUAAUUUUGAAGCAGAUGUUGAGGAACUGUCAGCCAGAUUAAAUUUAAUGGUAGCUUCUGGUGAUAUUGCUGAUAAUUUGGAACCAAAUUUUCAUUCGCCAAUCAAUGAUGGAAAUUAUCAUAAUAAUCGAUGUGUUUAUUUAGAACAGCUCCUUGUGCGAAAAGAUACCAAAAUGGAACCAAAACGUGGCGUUGGAAAUGUGUAUAUUGAAGAAAAGAAUGGUUCAAAUACAGGCGGAUCAAUUUUAAAUACAACGUCCUCCACAGAAAAAAAAUCGAACAAUGAUUGA